AUGGAAACCGCAAGUGCGCCGCUCCUGAGCGAGUUGGAUGGAGAAAACACAGACCGACGUUGCCAAUGGGGCUCCGAGCAGAGCAUUGGCAUGCUGAAGGGUGUUGCAGGGUUGGUCAUGGCGAUUGCUCUCAGCCAUCUGCUGUUUUGCAUACCUGACGGUCCUGCGCCUUGCUUGGGUCUUGUCUUGCCUGGAUAUGAUCCAGACUCCUUGCACACUCAUGGAGCUUUCUUCACAAUGACAGGUGGCACUCAUCAAAUAAACAAUGUUGCCUUUGCUGCUAUGCGCGGGAGUGAGCCAAGCUAUGCAGCCACGGGCCGCGCUAAUCUGCGGGUGGAGCCUGCAGGCAGUAAGUCGCGGGAUCCCGAUGAAACGGGGAACAAGUCUCUUGACGUGCCCAUCGACGUGUCAGUGCGUGCGAAAUCAAGGGCGAUGGCAUUGCCGGCGAUGCAUCAUGAGCCUACACGCGGGUUCCGAAGUGCCGUGGCGAUUGAGGACUUUUCGGCUGAGGGCUCUGCAGGCCAUCAUGGUCUCGCUAACAAAUCCGCUGACGAUGGUUCCAGUUCUAGCUCCUCGAGCACAUCAUCCACGACCACCACCACGACCCUAAGCAUUGAUUGGAGUGUUGUGGGAUCUGGCACGGAGGAAGGCGCUGCAAGCUUGGAGCAUGAUUCGCAUGGCGCGCCAAAGCCAUGGCAAGCCGGAACCCAGCAUGCGCGCGAUCAAGCAAAGCACGAAUCGAGCGUGUACCCGCCAGGCUUGGACACAGGGCACUGGGAGGCUGAUUGGCCCUGUGUUGCUUUUGCAACGGGGUUCAACACAAAGCCUCCCGCAGAGUGUGCUGUUUACAGCACCUCAAAGAGCAGCGCAUUGCCGACGCUCAGCUCAAUCUCCCCGAUACCAUGCAUGCCAAAUGACCACUGGCCAGCAUUCUCGACGUUGUGUGGACAUUUGGGGCCGGCCUACUUGGUAACGGGUUUCAGUAGCAGCGCCUUGGUGAACAAGCGUUGCUGCAAUAAGGACUUCUACUUCCACAAACACCGCAAGGGCGGCGGUGAGUGGAGUUGCGAGGAAUGCAUGAGUGAUGUUGGCAACUGUCCAACUCUGACUUGGUUGUACUGCGCUGGUAUAGACCAGCGCCUCACAGCCAAACAGUUCCUCAUCACUGCUGAGGACGUGCUGAUUUUCGCGCUCUACGCGAUGCUGCUUGGGGCCAUCUCAAGCCAGCAGGUUUCGCAUCAUCCCGAGUUGGGCUGCUAUCGCUUAAUGGUGGAAGUGCUUGAGUGGGGAAGAUACUUACUGGUGUUGAUUGCUACGACAGGCGUAUUGGUGUGGUCAAUGCAGGGCCUGGUGCAGGGGUAUGCCGCUGUGAAGUACGACUGCAGCGCAUCACGCCAGGUGAUGGGGGUAUUCACGCCUGUCUUCACAGCGGUGAGCCUUGCAAUCCUGCUGCUUGGAUGUGGUUACCUUGGCACCUACUGGUGCACCAACGCGGUAGAGGCAGCAUCGUUGCAAAUCGACUCAGCAAUGUCUUACCGGCGGGCUCAGCGUGUUGCCUUCAGUUUGACGACGACGACUGUGCUAUCAGUGCUCGUCUACGCAGUGAGCGCGGCAUGGAGUAAUGCCGCGCCUUGUGACGCAGCUUGCCUGCAGCAGUUGGGGGUGGAGCCCCUGAUCUGGGAUACAGUGGCUCUUGCAGCGGGAGUCCUUGUGGCCCUGAUCCUGCUCUCCCUGCUGAUGAAGCUACGGACGAUCGUGGUGACCAUGCAUGUGGUGCAAGAACAGCUGCAUGAUCUGUCGGUGCAUGUGCAUGCGCAGGAAGACCGCCUUAGUGCCCUUCUGAACUUGCGAAUGCAGGCCCAGACAGACCACUUGCAGGAGGUACUUGGCCACUCUGGCAGUGCCGGCACCACCACGAUGCAUGCUGUGCAUGGAGAGGUGUAUUCGCUGAUUGAAGAAUUCGUCGCGAAUUCAAAAUCGGUGUACCACCUUUUCGACUUGCAUGCCUACCAAAAUCGUCAGUGGCAUGAUAUGAUGACACAAAUGGAGGAUCUACUGCGGGCCCACACAGAACUGAAAGAACUGGGGUCGCUGAUGGAGGAAUUCAUUGUGAAUUCAAAGUCGGUGUACCACCUGUUCGAUCUGCAUGCCUACCAAGAUCGCCAGUGGCAUGAUAUGAUGGGACAGCUGGAGGACUUGAUGCGGGCCCACACAGAGCUGAGCAAGGCGGUCAACACCCUGCUCACGGACGUUUCGGCACGGAUGCCGAAAAGCACCACUGCGGCUGCCAUCACGGCACAGAUCUCUGGUGUGGACGACCGGCUCCAGGCCUUGAGUGACCGCCUGUCAGAGCAAUGGAGCACCCAGUUGCCCAAACAGAUCAACGAGCUCAUCGACCAAGUGGAAGCGGGUAUGAGACGCCUCCAGGAGAUGCGAGACAAGACGCGUGAGGUGCUGGCUCGUGUUGAACUGUUCGACAAGAACCUGGAGAAGACACACAGCAUGCUACAGGCCAUCGCGAAGGUCAUCGAAACCAUAGACCCUCCGAAGGCUCUUCUGGAAAUCUCCAAGCCGAUGAUGGAGAAGCAGGAGCAGCUUUUGCGGAGUAAGCUGCAGAGUGUGGGGGAGGACGUGAAUCUCCUCAAAGGGCAGGCUCAUGCCCACCAAGGGGAGAACAACAGGCUGAUCAAGAACCUGGAGAAGAGCUUGGCGCAGAUGCAGUCGGUGGUGGAUGGUUUGGCGGUCAACAUGGCGCAGGUGGGGGCGGCCUUUGGCAAGCCGCCGGUGGACAGCCAAGGCCAGACGAGGGCCCUGGACCUGCUCUUGAAGCUGGGUGAAAGCCUGGCAGAAAGCGUGGGAGUCAACCAGGAGAGCAGGGAGCUGUCGCAUGAGGCCCUCUCACGUUCACAGGAGAUGAAUGGUGUUCUCGUGGAGCUUCGAGACCUUCUGGCGACACAGCGCCCACAAUAUGCUACGUCCUCCCACGGUGCAAGUAUGCAUAGCCAGCCGAGCCGCUCUAGCCCGACAGUGAUUGACCUGCAAAGCAGGUUGCCACCCCGCGCCAGUACGGGGUUUGCCACGAUUUCCUACCCGGAUGGCAGCAUCAAGAUGAUCUCCACGGAUAAUCUGCCCUAG